AUGAGCAACAAUGAGGCCUCGGGCUCUUCGACAACUCACCGACUGCCGACCAUCCAGUCAGGAAACAAUGUGCUUCUGAGGCUGCCCAACGGUGAUAUUCGUGGUGUGAAGGUGGAAAAAGACGCGACGAUAACUGUCGGUCGUCUGGGCUCCUUCUUUGCCAAUGAGCUGAUAGGGCAGCCAUAUGGAUCCACCCAUGAAAUUGUGGAUAAGAACCUCAAAAUAAUUCCUCCUCGCACGUUGCAGGAAGUCGAGGACACGGAUGCUACAAACGAGCUAAUUAACGACGGCGAAUUUGUGCAGCCAUUAACCAUUGAUGAAAUUACAGCCUUGAAACAGUCUGGUGUCCAUUCAUCUGAUAUCAUCAACAAGCAGAUUGAAGCGCAUGCAAAUUACUCACUUAAAACAGAGUACAGCAAAGAGAAGUAUAAGAAGCGCAAAGAAGCAAAAUACUCUAAAACAUUCACUACUAUAGAACCGACGCUAUUUAAUAUCUGCGAUUACUGGUUUCACAAAGACCAGACCCGCAUACGCGACAUUCGCACAGAUACUCUAUCACAGAUUCUUAACCUCGCCAACAUUAGGCCAGGAGGUCGGUAUAUCGCAGUUGAUGAUGCGUCCGGACUUGUUGUAUGUGGCAUCCUGUCUCGCAUGGGAGGUGAAGGACGUCUGAUUACCAUCUGUGACACAGAUUCGCCUCCGGCAUAUCCAGUAAUGGCGCAAAUGAACUUCGACCCAAAAUUCGUCAGUGGUGUGCUUUCUCCUCUGAAUUGGGCUACAUCACAAGAGGACUACACUCCUGUUCUCCCUCCAUCUGAUGUUCCUGCCGAAGAAAUAAAGUCGGAACGUCAAAAAGCUCGUCUAAAAAAACGAAAACUCGUGACCGAUGCUCUGGCUAGCACUCGUGAGGAAUUAUUUGCCGGGGAGUUCGAUGGAUUGAUCAUUGCGAGCGAGUAUGAUCCAUGGCCCAUUGUUCAAAAGUUGACACCCUAUAUCUCUGGAUCUGCAUCGAUUGUGGUACAAAGUCCCUAUGGCCGAGUCCUUGACGACCUUCAAAAUGAAAUGCGUGUAGUACCAUCCUUUCUUUGUCCCACGGUGACAGAGGGAUGGCUUCGUCGCUACCAGGUACUGCCGGGACGCACACAUCCAACUAUGAUGACGUCUGGAACAGGCGGCUUUUUAUUGCAUGCCAUUAAAGUGUAA